UCCGACGUGGCUCUUUGGGCUCAAAACCGCGAGUCGAUCAUCGGCCGCGCGUCCCCGACGGCAAGAGUGCUCGGGCCCGGUCAUCGCUGCUCGCAGCUUUAAUUGUUAUUAUUAUUAAACACAACGAAAUACAGCAAGUGAACCGAGGCUUUUUGUGGUUGGGGGAUUACAUUCUUGUCUUCACAUUGACUCUUUGUUCGCUUUCCGCAGUGACAACGCGCAGGCGCCAUAUGUCUCCGUCAUUGUGCCCUGUCCCGUUAUAGGCGGUGCUAAGCUAGGCUAGCUGUCAACCCGCAGAGCAGCAUCGCGCCAGGGACGCUCCAGGCUCUCGCAGAACCCGCUCGCGAACACCUUUGCACCGCACAAUGGCCGUCCCUCCUUCAUACUCAGACCUGGGCAAGUCCGCCAAGGACAUAUUCAGCAAGGGCUAUGGUUUCGGUGUCGUGAAGCUGGACCUCAAGACCAAAUCACAAAGUGGAGUGGAGUUCAACACGUCUGGCUCAAGUAACACAGACACGGGGAAGGCGGCAGGGAGCCUGGAGACCAAGUACAAGAUGAAGGAGUUGGGCCUAAGCUUCAACCAGAAGUGGAACACGGACAACACACUGGCUACUGAAGUGACUGUGGAGGACCAGCUGGCUCAAGGACUGAAGGUUGCCUUGGACACAUCUUUCGUACCAAACACAGGUAAGAAAAGUGGGAAGCUGAAGACGGGCUACAAGCGCGAUUUUGUCAACCUGGGCUGUGACGUGGACUUUGAGGGUCCCAUCAUCCACGCCGCCGCUGUGCUGGGCUACGAGGGCUGGCUGGCCGGCUACCAGAUGGCCUUCGACACGGCCAAGUCCAAAAUGGCCCAGAACAACUUCGCCCUGGGGUACAGGGCUGGAGACUUCCAGCUGCACACCAAUGUUAAUGAUGGGACCGAGUUUGGCGGCUCCAUCUACCAGAAGGUGAAUGACGAGCUGGAGACGGCGGUCACCUUGGCCUGGACCGCCGGCAGCAACAACACUCGCUUCGGCAUCGCUGCCAAAUACAGGCUGGACAAAGACACAUCUCUGUCUGCCAAAGUGAACAACGCAAGUCUUAUUGGAGUCGGCUACACCCAGAGCCUUCGGCCAGGCGUGAAGGUCACCCUCUCCGCCCUGAUCGACGGGAAGAACUUCAACGCCGGUGGACAUAAAGUCGGCAUGGGCUUCGAGCUUGAGGCGUAAAAGGGGGAGAGCUCAGACCCAGCAACAGAGAAAAAAAUUAAAAAGCCCAGAACUACAUCACCACACACUGGUCACACAUGCACGCACGUGCGAACACACACACACACACAGACACUAGUGCCCCAGUCCACCCCCCUCCCUCCACACUCGUUCUCUGUUCUCACGAGCAUUUCUGACAGUAAUGGUCGAGUCUCAGAAACAGGCUGUGACACGCCUGAAGAGCUGUGAAGCUGAAACUUAUGACCGUCAUUAUGGUUACGGAAGUGAAACUUGUAUGUCCGUUAGAUGAAGUAGUCUUUGGUGUAAAUGUAUACCUUAUUAAAUCUUCUGUUUUUCAGUUGUUCCUGCCUUCCUACAAAAAAAAACAUGUACGGAUGAAAAUGCGGAUGCAAAGCUGAAAGCUUAUUAGCUUGGUUUAAAAAAAAAAAAAAGGUGCUGAGUGUCUGUUUUCUCUGAAACUGUUUUAAUUUAUCACAUUUCAUGAGCAUAGGACCAAUAUGUUGAAAAAAAUGGUGGUUAAAUGAAGGAUCUUUGAAACCACUGGAACACUGACGGUCUGUUCACCGCAGAUGUUCUUUGAAGCCUUUGUGAUGUCUCUUUGUUGUUAGGUGAAAUCAAUGCAGUGGAAUCUUCUGGUAGUUUGUGUAGUUAGUUUGCAUUUCUACAACAUUGUUUUCAUCUAUCUGUCUCAGCACCACAGCCACAGAGCAUUUUUGCAUCUCGUAAGUUUCUCAGCAGGUCGACAGCUGUCAAACUCGUUAUCCAGCUGUUUCCUCGUGUUGCUCUGGGGGACUGCACUCAUCGCUGUCAGGACUCUGUUCUCCAAAAACAAUCGACACUCCUCAGAUGUGAAUAUUCGUCCCACAACAGGGAAUGUUGGGAAUGAUGUUUGUUCCAUGUCUCCCAUUUCUUGUUUUAGCAAACAUGCAUCAAAAAUGUUUGUUUUCACCCCCAUCCAAAUCUGUUCUCGUGAUUCUCAUUUUUGUUUUUCACAUAGACACAGUACCUAAUUUUUUUCCAAUGUUAACUAAGGGAAUUCUAAUAAUAAUAAUAAAAAAAGAAGUUAAAAACAG